AUGCAGAACCCUCUUCGUCGCCCAAAGGGCGAUCCUCCGCCCCCAAGAGACCGGGACGUGGAGCGUAAUAAGCAGGAUAACGGUGCAUACCUAGGCAAGGAUGUGAGAGGACAUUUGGUCGCCAUGUCGGGGGAAUUCGUCGGCACCUUCAUGUUCCUCUACUUUGCCUUCGCUGCCACUCAAAUUGCCAACACGAUAGACCCCAACGGAUCUCGCACAGUCGACCAGCUUCUUUUCAUCAGCCUUGGCUUUGGCUUCUCCCUCGCUGUCACUGCCUGGGUUUUCUACAGAAUCAGCGGUGGACUAUUCAAUCCCGCAGUGACGCUCGGUAUGGUCAUUACAGGGACUCUCCCAGCGCUUCGCGGUGCGCUCCUUUUCCCCGCUCAGAUGCUUGGAGGGAUAGUGGCAGCGGCCCUUGUCCGGUGCAUGUUUCCCGGUCCACCUGCAUUCACUACAACUUUGACCAAUGGAACAUCCAUCGCCCAGGGAGUCUUCAUCGAGAUGUUUUUGACAGCAGAACUUGUCUUCACGGUGUUGAUGUUGGCUGCCGAGAAGAGCAAAGCAACUUUCAUCGCUCCAGUGGGCAUCGGGCUUGCCUUGUUUGUGGCGGAACUUGCAGGUGUAUACUUUACCGGAGGCUCUCUCAAUCCUACCCGGUCAUUCGGUCCGUGUGUUGCCACUGCGGAAUUCCCAGGUUACCAUUGGAUAUACUGGGUUGGGCCGUUUUUGGGUGCUCUGAUCUCUGGCGGAUACUACAGAUUUGUCAAGUUCAACAAUUAUGAGGAGGCAAAUCCUGGGCAGGACGAUUCACAUCAUCCGCAAGACAACCCGGAAGGCAAAGAUGAGUAG